AUGUCGUCCUCACAAAAAUCUGAUAACGAUCUUCAAGUGUACGUUAUGGCAAAUUCUCCAAAGCAUACUGGGCUUCGACCCCCAACUGGUCACAAAGACAGUUCGAAUUCUGAAUUACCCGACUUGAAGCAAGAGGAGAAUCAAACACCCCCAAAAGGAAGGAUAGCAGGAGGUUCUUUCUUGGAGCAAAUGCGUGGCAGCGACUCCGAUAAUACCGAAGAUGGACCUUUGAAAGAGGUCGAAAUCGACAUGCCAGAAACUCGGACGGAGAUUAUUUCAAAAGAUGGAGAGGAAUUUAUUCUCCUUCAAUUUGCCGACGGAGAUCCAGAGAAUCCAUUCAAUUGGCCGGCGGGAAAGAAAGUCUUCAUCACGAUGCUGCUCUGUAUGAUGACUCUUUUCAUCGGUUUGGCAACAACGGCAUAUAGUAGUGGAAUCACAAGGAUGUGCGACGAUUUCGGUGUCUCGACAGAAUUAGGACAAUUGGGUCUCUUCUGUUUCAAUAUGGCUUGCGCGCUGGCACCACUGUUCUUAGCACCUUUCUGCGAGUUGGUUGGUAGAAAGAUAAUUUAUACUGGUGCUUAUGCCGGAUUCAUCAUUUGUUUCAUCGGAUUGGCUCUCGGCAAGAACAUCGCAACAAUCCUCGUUAUGAGAACAUUGAGUGGAUUGUUUGGUUGUGUUGGAACCAUCCUGGUGGGUGGAACAUUCAGUGAUAUGUAUACGCCUGAUCAGAGAGCUGUUCCAAUGGCAUGUUUCGCAUAUGUAGCAAUCUUGGGAACUGUCGGAGCACCAAUUUAUGCCGGAUUCAUCGACGAGACAAUUGGCUGGAGAUGGAUCGAAGGUAUACAAGGUUUGGCAAACUUACCUCUUCUCGCCGCAAUUCUGUUCUUCUUUCGGGAAACCAGAGGUGGUGUCGCACUGCACAAACGUGCGAAGCGUCUCCGAGCUGCAACAGGCGAUGAGCGAUACAAAGCCGACAUGGAUUUGGAGGCAAAAGAUCUGAAGGAGAUGCUUCACAAUUCUUCCGUCAAGGCCGUCAAAAUGCUUGCCACCGAACCUGUCGUCUUUGCCUUUGGGUUAUGGAUUGCUUUCGCCUGGUUCGUGACAUUCUUGUUCUUGUCGGUCAUCCCAAUUACUUUCCAGGAAAAUCACGGCUGGAAUGAAGGUAUCUCUGGUCUGCCAUACAUUUCCUUGUGUAUUGGUGUGACCAUUGCCUUCGCUUUGAACUUUCUCCAAAUCAGGAAAUAUAAGUCGAUCAUGGCGGAUCACAACAAUCAAAUUGUUCCUGAAUCACGACUUUACGGUGCCAUGUGUGGUGCUUGUUUCCUCCCCAUCGGAUUGUUCAUCUACAGCUUUACCCAGUACGGCUUCGUCACAUGGGUUGCUCCUGCUAUUGCACUUGCACCAAUCUCCAUGGGUAUCUUCUUCAUCUUCGAGUCCACAUACAGUUAUACUGCGGAUUGUUAUGGCGAAAAUAGUUCGUCUGCAAUCGCUGGGCAGGGUUUGAUGCGUAACGCCUUGGGUGCCGUGGCACCGUUGUUUGCAAGUCAAUUCUUCCACAAUGUCGGUAGCCAAUAUGCUGGUCUUAUUCUCGCACUCGCUGGUACGGCUUUAACGGCCAUUCCUUUCGUUAUGUUCAAGUACGGACAUCUUCUCCGAGCUCGAUCCAAGCUUGCCAGUACGCAAAAGGGUGGUCAAGAGCAAAAGGAGAAGACCGGCCUUUACCCAGCCCCUUUCAUAUGA